CUUUUCUCUUCUUCUUCAGCCGCACACGUGCUAACUGCGCUUUGUUUUUUUCGCAAAUUAAAUUGUUUUAAUUUGUGAAAAUGCGCAUUGAAACGUGUUACUUUUGCUCCAGCAAAAUAUAUCCCGGCCACGGGGUGAAUUUCGUACGAAAUGACUGCAAGAUCUUUAAGUUCUGUCGUGGAAAGUGCCACAAGGCCUUCAAACGCAAGAAGAACCCACGCAAGGUAGGCUGGACUAAGGCACAUCGCAAGACUGCUGGCAAGGAGUUGGCCAUCGAUCCCAGUUUUGAGUUCGAGAAGCGUCGCAAUGUACCCGUCAAAUACAGCCGCGAGACCUGGCAGAAGGCCCUGGAAGCCAUCAAGAAGGUCACGGAGAUCAAGCAGCGUCGCCAGGAUCACUUUGUCAUGGAGCGUCUGCGCAAGGGCCGAGAUAUUGAGAUCCAGAUGGACGUCAAGAAUGUGCAACGUAACAUGUCGCUGAUUCGUUCGCCAGCCGCUGGCCUCAAGGAGCGUCGUGCUAAGGAAGAGGCCGAGGAGGCGGCUCUCAUGGACGAGGAGGAUCUGCCCGAAGAGAAGAUCACCUAUGUGGACGCACGCGAGUUGGAGAAGCGUCUCGAGGAGGGAAUGGGAAUCGAGGAUUUGGAAAUGUUGGAAGCCUAACUUGGAAGACUUGUACACUGAUUUAGAUUUAAGCUGCUAACGAGAAUAUAAUUUACAAAAACCCCGUGGUACAUAAAU